AUGCUUACCGAGUUAAGAAACAAAGAAACUAUUAAAACAAACAAAAAACAAACAGGAUUGAAUAGAAAACCAAGCAAGAAAGGAAAGGGGAAGAAAGUGACUCGAAAUUUUGACGAAAGUAGUAUAACUGAUGCAGGUUCAGAAAAUGAAAUAACGAUCGAAGAUAAUAAAAAAAUAAAAACGAACGAAAAGCGCAAGAAAAAGAUCAAGUGUUUAGAUAGUGAUAGUAGUAGUACUGAUUCAGGUUUGGAAGACGAAGUAACAUAUGCAAAUUCAGAUGAAAGUAUGUGGAUGGAAGAAGAAAACGAGUCUAAUCAGGAAAGUAAUAACGAAAAAAGUAUCUCUGAAAUUGAUAGCCCAACUGGGGAAGAAGAUAAAGAAAAUGUGGCGGAAGAAGCAAAAUCGCAAAGUAUUGAUAUUAAAACAUGGGUAAUUGUAAAAUAUGCCUUAAAAAAGGGACUUAAGUAUUACGUGGGUGUUGUGCAAAAAAAAGUAGGCAGUCGUUGGGAGGUAAAAUUUGUACGACGUAAGGGCGCAACCUUUGCAUGGCCUUUAAUAAAAGAUACUGAUGAGGUUACUGCUGAUUGUAUCGUCAAAAUAUUACCUAAUCCUGAAAUAACCAAGCGCGGCAUAAUAUAUUUUGAUUACAAAUUUAGAAAUAUGAUUAUAUCCUAA